CCGUCCUCGCCGCGCGCCCGGCCGCCCGCCCGACACCAUGCCACAACAAGAGUGAUCUCUUGCCCCGUCUUCACAAUGGAGGACUCAGGAAAGACUUUCAGCUCUGAGGAGGAAGAAGCUAACUACUGGAAAGAUCUGGCUAUGACCUACAAGCAGAGGGCGGAGAAUACACAAGAGGAACUCCGAGAAUUCCAGGAGGGGAGUCGAGAAUAUGAAGCAGAAUUGGAGACGCAGCUGCAACAAAUUGAAACCAGGAAUAGGGACCUCCUGUCCGAAAAUAACCGCCUUCGCAUGGAGCUGGAAACCAUCAAGGAGAAGUUUGAGACGCAGCAUUCGGAAGGCUACCGACAGAUCUCCGCCCUGGAGGACGACCUUGCCCAGACAAAAGCCAUUAAAGACCAGCUGCAGAAGUACAUCCGAGAGCUGGAGCAAGCCAAUGAUGACCUGGAACGAGCCAAGCGGGCCACAAUCAUGUCUUUGGAAGACUUCGAGCAGCGCUUGAAUCAAGCCAUUGAGAGAAACGCCUUCUUGGAGAGUGAGCUGGACGAGAAGGAGAACCUCCUAGAAUCGGUUCAGCGGCUGAAGGAUGAAGCCAGAGACUUGCGGCAGGAGCUGGCUGUGCAGCAGAAGCAGGACAAGCCCAGGACCCCCAAGCCCGGCCCAGCGGAGGCUGAAAGGAUAGACACGGCUGUGCAGGCCACGGGCUCCGUGCCGUCCACUCCCACGGCUCAUCGAGGCCCCGGCUCCAGCGUCAGCACACCGGCCACCUUCAGGCGAGGUCUGGAGGACUCUGCGGGCGGGACCCCCCUCACCCCUGCAGCACGGAUAUCGGCCCUCAACAUCGUGGGAGACCUCCUGCGAAAAGUCGGGGCGCUGGAGUCCAAACUCGCAUCUUGCCGCAACUUCGUCUACGAUCAGUCCCCAAACCGAACGAGUGGCCCGGCCUCCGGGCGAGGGGGCAAGAGCAGAGAUGGUGGCGACCGGCGGUCAGGCAGCACCAGUGUGCCUCUGGGCGACAAAGGGUUGGGGAGACGCCUGGAAUUUGGGAAGCCGCCUUCAAAUCCUUCUUCGCCUUCGCUGCCGUCAGCUCAGGGUGUAGUCAGGAUGUUGCUUUAGGAAAUCGCCGAAGCCUCGGCGUCUGUGUGGGACUCGCUGCCUUUCUUCCUUUCUUGAAGCUAGGGUUUGGCGGUUGGGAUUUUUUUUUUCUUUUUUUUUAAGUUAGUUUGAGAAUUAUGAGCAAGCAGACACCCUUGCCGGUGACCGAGGCCCCUUCCUGUCCCCGCCAUGGUUGUCCCUGUGAAAUGUCUCCCUAUCCCAGGCUUCCUUAUUGGUGUGUUGCAAAUAAAUUGGGACAAGCUGGCCCCCUGGCAGGGCUGUAAGGUGGAUGCCGAGGCCGCGCCAUUAUUUUGAACUCACCCAUGGGACUUGAAUGUUGUUCUGAAUUCGGGAGAUGCCUCAGAAGUGGCUUGUGAGCCUAACCCCACCCCCAUUCAGCUGGAGGUGCCUUCCAGAACAAAACCUUCCGGUGCCCUGUUGCCCAGCUGUGAUGGAGCAAAGAAUAGGAUGGGCAAGUGCCUUCUUUUUCUACUAUGGUGUAGUCAGCCUGUGAGAUUUUAUCUGCCUCACUCAGGCCUUUAAAGCUGCUUCAGGGUAAAUGUCAUGUGGACCAAGGUGUGGGAAAAUCUGUGUCCUUAGAUCAAUCCCACUUUAAGCUGUCCUGACACCCCCCCUCCUCACCUGGACGACCUCUAGUUCAUGACUCGAGGUAAUGGGGGUGGCAUGGCCUUGGUGUUGCCACCCCCAAGAACAGGACUUCACUUAAAGCCAUAGUGAAAUCAUUGGGGUGCCCUUCAAAUCAGAUAAAAGCACCGGGUUGGAAGCUUCCUUGUCAAAGAAGAGACGGAUCCAGGACCCAGGGCUCCCAGUGCCCCCAGCUGUGGCUCACUUCUGGAGUAGAGCACCUGCUGAGUCAGGAGCAGGCCUGCCGCCCCCCUCGGGCCACUGAGCUACUUUUCUGAAAAAACAGCAAAAAUACCCUUGAGAUGAAAACAGAACUUCUCAGAGGCAACUGAGAGAUUCGGCAAAGUCAAACUUCAGGAUCCAGGUCUUUGCCUAGAAACAUCCUAACCUGUAUCCAUAAAAGAUGUACUUUUAUUUUUUUAAAAGAAUAAUAAAAUCAGGAGAAACGAACGUCUAGCUUGUCUGUCGAUGGUCAAUAACUGCUUUAACGUGGGUUGAUGUUUCUGUAUUUGCUCCUGUGAGAACCUUUUUUGUUUCCUAACUAAGUAACUGAAUUUGAAGAAAACCUGCGUCCAAAAAAUUCGCAUCCAAGUCAGCUUCCUAGGGCUGUGUCUGGGAGGCCUGUGUUGUCACUCAGGUGAGUCUGCAAAGUUUCCCUGUUUCCUCUCCAACCUCUUUUUUUUUUUUAAAGAUUUAUUUAUUUUUAUACAAGAAUUGGGGUACAGACCAGAGAUGCGGGGGGUGAGAGGAUUCACCAGAGACAGAGCAGGUAACAGAACAGGCAAAUGGACUGAAGUACACUGCUGAGGGGAGCAGCGGGUGAGACAGGAGAGGUCUAGGUCUGUCCCGCCAUAUGGGUUUCUCCCUGGCCGGCCGGGUGUCGAACUCAUGCUGCAGUGGCUACGGAUUGCUUCAUAGGUUGCGUCUUAACCCCUGCGCCACCAGGGAGGCCCCCUCUCAAACCUCUUUUGCCCCGUGGGGUCACUGUGGUCAGUUUGUGUUGACUAAACCUCUGCGUGGAAUUGCUGUCCACUCACGCAGGAGAGGAAAGGGCCUCUCUGGGCAGCCCUCAUGCUAAGGAUGGGCUUUACGCACACGUGACAGAGACCCGGGAGCCCACAGCGCUGGAAAUACUUGCUCUCUGGUCUUUACAGGAAAUGAUUGGUGCC